AUGACUGACGCCGAAAACGCCACCAAGGCUCCAGAAAGCGACGCGCAGGAGCAGGCCGAGCCACAGACUGAGGUGCAGGCUGAACAGAAGCAGGAGACCAUCAUCCCUGGAGAUACACCCGCUCAGACUGGUCCCUCGACGGGCGUGGGAGAGCAUUGCGUAACCGACCGUCCAACGCCAAGCGGACAAUCGUCAACAGGCGAAAUCAUCAAGCUGAACGAUGUCGACGUCUACAUCUCCAAGCCAGCAGACUACCCUCAUGCUCCCUCCAAGCUCCUCCUCCUGCUCACUGGCGGCACGGGCAUCAAGUCGACGAAUAACCAAAUCCAAGCCGACAAGUUCGCCUCAGAGGGCUACCUCGUACUGAUGCCGGACCUCUUCGCAGGCGACAGCGCGCCCGUAUCCACAGCCAUCACCGACGACAGUUCGUCCAUAAUCGAACAAGUGAAGCUCCAGGCCGUCGGCGUAGUCAAGUCCUUCUUCAUCGACAUGUGGUUAGCCCGCGUGACCCCAGACAAGGUCAUGCCCAUUCUGCACAAGGUCAUUGAAGCAGCCCAGGACGAAUAUGCGGACGCCGUCAAGAAUGGCGAGGGCAUAUACGCAGUCGGGUACUGUGUUGGUGGCCGAUUUGUCCUCCUGCUGGCUCAGGAGUCUGAGGAGCAAGGCAGUGACGAGGAGACGGGUGCGUUGAGGAAGGGACCGUAUAUCAGGGCGGGAGCGUUGGCGCACGGCGCAUCCGUGACACCAGAUGACUUUAAUAACCUGAAGGCUCCCUUGAGUUUGGUGUGCGUUGAGAACGAUAAUCUCUUCCCGGAUGAGGUGAGGACUACAGGCGAGGAUGCCAUGUCCAAGGCGAAUCUGGAGCAUGAGGUUCAGGUGUACCCUGGGGUUCCUCACGGAUUUGCCGUCGUCGGCGCAUACACAGAUAGCGCCAUUACCGAAGCGCAAACGACCGCAUACGACCAAAUGUUAAAAUGGAUAAAAGAACACUAA